UAUCUUUCUUCGUUGAAUAUUUAUGUGACAUUAUGUCCUGAUGUGUUGAAAUGUAUUAUGUAUUUGCUAGUGAUAUUGAAACUAGUUAAGUAUUAAUUAGGCUAUUGAGUGAGAUAUUUAUUUAAACUGAGGAAAUACCAGUUUAUGUUCAUUUUGGAUUAUCCCAGUGUUAAGGGUUGGGUUAUUUUUUUUGUUACCUUAUUAGCCUCAAGUGGGUAAUUUUCGGGAAAAUUUAGGCUGGAGUGGCAUGUUGUUCCAGCUGGGGCUCUGCUAAACUCAGCUGUGUGAGGAAUUGUCGUCACUCUGUCUAAAAGGAAGCUAACCUUCUGCACCUGUAAAUAAAUUCCACAAUUUUGGACAUUUUGCACCUGAUUCCGUCUGACAAGACGGAUAGUGCGAUCCGGGAUCCCUGGGACGUCCCUAACCAAACCCAUACCUUCACCAUUUUAAAUGUGAACUUUAAUGAGGCGCUAUUUAUAAAAACAUAGGCUACCGUAUUUAUUUUUAAAUAUAUAUAAUUAACAUUAUUUCAAUAGAUACCGCAGGAUUAUAAUUUAUACAAUUAAUUCUGUGAUUAUUGUCAUUAAAUUCAGUAUGUGUGGGAUACAUUUUGUACUAUUGACCAAUCAGUUUGAAAGUAAACAGAAAAGGGCGCAUGACGGCGGCGGCGCUGUUUAGCCUGUAUCAAAACCCAAACCAAGGCACACGCGACACACCAACACAGCACAAAAAAACGCUAAGGUCACUGUUGCAAUCUAAUUGGAAUAUAAUCAGUGCCAAUCAUCGUUGGAGAAGUAGACCAACCCUUUUAUUCCACCUGUUGUUCCCCAUAUGAGAAAAGAUGGGGAAUAGAUUAUCAGAACCACAGACCUUCCUCUCAAGAAUCCCCUUCUUUCAGUCAUUCCAUAUCGCCAUUUUGGGACUGGACUCUGCAGGUAAAACAACUGUCCUGUAUAGGUUGCAGUUCAAUGAGUUUGUCAACACAGUGCCUACCAAAGGCUUCAACGCAGAAAAGGUCAAUGUGUCUUUGGGCGGCCACAGGACAGUGACCUUCCAUUUCUGGGACGUGGGUGGUCAAGAGAAGUUGCGUCCAUUGUGGAAGUCAUACACACGCUGUACCGACGGAAUUGUAUUCGUGGUGGACUCUGUAGAUGCCGAACGCAUGGAGGAGGCUAAAACGGAGCUCCAUAAGAUCGCCAAGACCGGAGACAACCAGGGAGUGCCACUUCUAGUGGUGGCUAACAAGCAAGACCUGAGGCACUCUCUGAGCCUGGCGGAGAUUGAAAAGGCGCUAGCGUUGAAGGAACUGGGCCCUGGCACGCCUUGGCACCUGCAGCCCACCUGUGCCAUCAUAGGAGACGGACUGAAAGAUGGCAUUGAGAGACUCCAUGACAUGAUCCUUAAACGGAGAAAGAUGCUCCGCCAACAGAAGAAAAAGAGAUGAUCAAGGAGUGAAAUGAAUGAACUAAAUGAAGGACAAAAGGAGAUGUUCUCGCACCUGGGUGUAUAUAGGAAUUCUCCCAUAGGCUCGGCACACUGAGUUUUAUCAGUCACUGUUAAACUGUAGGUUCUCGUGUCUCAGACAGCAAAGUCUCUUGCUUCAUCUUCAGUAUUUGUUGCUUUUUAGUGGUUGAGAAAGCACUAUGAAGGUAAAGGAUUUGGUGUUUAUGAUUUUAUAUAGGAAUUUUUAAGUUGUCGUUACAAAGAAUGGUUUUGAUCCUUGGUAUUAGACCAUUAGUAAUGGCUACUUCAAAAAUGACAAGUUUGACGAAGAACAGAAAAUAAGUCACUUUUCUCUACAAAGGUUAGUGGGAGGACGACAAAUGUGGUCUUCCGCAAAGGGAACUUUUGAACCUUGUAAAGAGUGCCUAAGCUACUUUUAAAUGUUGUACCUUUUGUAUUUUUUCCCCCCCAUGUUUCUUUCCUUCUCAAAAGGAAGGUACAGUCUUGUGCUUUUUCUCUGUCUAGUGUACCUCUACUGUCUGUUUGUUAAUGCACUUUAGAUGACCUUUUUUGAUGAUGGAGUUUACAGCCUUGAGGUUUCCCAAUAGAGCUUAUUACACAAAGAGUUUAGUUGCUUCAAAAAAAGGCACCUGUACUGGGUCCCUAUUGGCCACAUGGACAAUAGAUGGGAUAUGUGUUUCAUGUUUUCAUCUUUAAUAAAGCCUCUUUGCAGCA